AACACUUUCAGUCUGCCCCGAGACUUGAACCGGUACGGUCGCGCGAAACCGGGCACUCCCCAUGGUUCGGUUCGGAUUGAGUAACCUGUUACAGUGUUCAACGGUUUUGUGACUCGGUGGAGCAGCAUGGUGUUUUACUGAAGCAGCCAACAUCCAAUUUCGCAAGGAUGACAUUACAUACAAAUUCAUGAGGUUUUCAAUGAGCAUCGAACAUAUAUCUCAAUCAGUUACGCAAGCAGUGAGUGAAAUCGAAAGUGAUAACAAUUGAAGCAACAACAAUCUGGAGAAAUAAUGCACUCGUCGUUACCGGCAGUCGGCCUCCCAUCGCUACCAAUAGAGAUACUCACACUGUUCACCUUUGUCCUUCUCAACGCAGCGGUAGUGACGUUUGCCGAUAAGCCACCAGCCACCGUUGCGCCACUGUCCGCCACUCUGCCGACCGAAGCAUCCAAGCGUACCUCGGCACACAUUCCGGGAGAUUUUAUCAUCGGAUUGCUGUUCUCGAUGCAUCACCAACCGCGGCAGAAGCGGUCCGGUCCGAACCAUUUCCUGGCUUGCGGCGAGAUUCGCGAACACUACGGUAUUCAAAGAGCUGAAGUAACGUUCAAAACGAUAGACGAAAUCAAUCAAAACCCAAACUUGUUGCCAAAAAUCACCCUCGGUGUGGAAAUACGAGACUCCUGCUGGUACGCACCGGUCGCCCUGCAGCAAAGUAUCGAACUAAUCCGGGACUCCAUAUCGCCGCCCUCCGGUGGCAGCAUAGUUUCCCCCCGCAAAAUCCCACCGGAAGGCAAGCCACUGAUUGGCAUGUCAAAUCUAGUCGAACCGGAUACGUGCAUGGCACUGCAUCGGAACAUGUCGCUCAUCUACAGCCACCACGGUUCCACCCAUCCACUAAGCAAGUACCGUCAAACGUUAAUCGGCGUAAUCGGGCCCGGAUCCAGUUCGGUGGCCCUGCAAGUUCAAAAUUUGCUUCAACUGUUUUCAAUUCCGCAAAUUGGCUACUCCACCACUUCGAAAGAUCUCUCCGAUAAGGCACGAUACAGCACGUUCAUGCGGGUGGUGCCGUCGGAUUACUAUCAGGCCCAGGUGAUGGUCGAUGUGGUGCGGCAGUUCAACUGGACAUAUGUGUCUGCCAUCAACACCGACGAAAACUACGGCCAAUCUGGAAUCCAAGCAUUUCGAGAGCUUGCAGAAAGAAACGGCGUUUGUAUUGCUCGAGAAGAUUCGAUCCUGAGCAACGCAGACGACGAAUCGUUCUCGGACGUUCUGCGGAACAUUGUCCAGGACGCCAGCGCCAAGGUGGUGGUUUGCUUCUGCGAGGGGCUUACCGUUCGGGGUUUGCUCAAGGCGAUGAAAAACUUGAACAUGACCGACCGCUUCCUGUUGAUUGGUAGCGACGGUUGGGCCGAUAGAGCUGACGUCGUGGAAAACUAUGAGCGUCAAGCGCUGGGGUCAAUUUCGAUUCGGAUCCACAGCCCGUACGUCAAGUCGUUCGAUGAUUACUAUUUUGGCUUGAAUCCGUUCACGAACAAGCGCAAUCCGUGGUUUAGGGAGUUUUGGGAGGUCAGAUUCAACUGUACCCUUCCAACUAACGAUGCAAAUCCAAAAGAGCUAAAGCAUUCUAGUGAAGGAAAAUCUUUUUGUACCGGAAAGGAGAAACUGUCGGACCGAUACAAGCAGGAACCCAAGAUGAGCUUCGUCAUCAAGGCAAUCUACACGAUGGCCAGGGCGCUGGAGGCGCUGCAGCGCGAUUUAUGCGGCCAGAACAGCAGCGGAAUUUGUGCGGCCAUGUACCCGUUCAACGGAACGCAGUUCUUUAACUACCUCAUGAAUGUUUCCUUUUCACACGAGGGCGACAUUGUGGAGUUCGACAAUAGGGGCGACCCACCCGGAAGAUAUGACAUCAUGAACUAUCAGUUCCUAAAUGGAAGCUACGAUUACGUUCCGGUAGGAGAAUGGAAUAACGGUUCGCUGAUCUUCACUCAAAGCCUCCAGCCGUCGCCAGCUGGUCCAGUGGAGUCCGUGUGUUCCCGGCCUUGCCCGCCCGGUUCCUACAAGAAUUUACAAACCGGUGGGCAGGAGAAGCAGUGCUGCUGGGUAUGCGUACCGUGCGAGAGACAUCAGAUUCUAUACAACGAGACUCACUGCCGGAAUUGCGAUGCAGGACACUGGCCGAAUCGGGCAAAAACUGAAUGUCUUCUGAUACCAAUCGAACAUAUGCAGUGGGGUGACACCGAGGCGAUUGUAGCAAUGUCCUUCGCUGUGAUGGGUUUUCUGACGACCGGAUUGGUUUUCGUGGUGUUUGUUCGGCACAACGAUACACCAGUUGUGAAGUCUUCGACCAGAGAGUUGUGCUACCUUAUUCUGGCGGGGAUGAUCAUUUCACACGGAUCUAUCUUUGCCAUCCUUUCCAAACCAACGGCGAUUUCUUGUUUGAUAAGCCGAGCUCUUCCAGGAAUUUCGUUUUCGAUGAUUUAUGCUUCACUUUUAGUUAAGACUAACCGAAUCGCGAGAAUUCUAGCCGGGUCCAAGAAACGCUUUCCGACCAAGAAACCAAGGUUCAUGUCAGCAGCUGCUCAAUUAGUCAUAACCGGAAUGUUGAUAUCUGUGGAAAUCGCCAUUGCCGUGUUCAUGCUAGUUUUAGAGCCACCAAGUACAGAACAUCAGUAUCCUAACAGGCAGCGAACGGUUCUCGCUUGCAACACUACCCGCAUCGGAAUCAUGGUACCAUUGGCCUUCAUUUUCUUACUGAUAAUACUUUGCACCUUGUACGCUUGGAAGACUCGAAACGUACCGGAGAACUUUAACGAAGCCAAAUUCAUCGGAUUUGCCAUGUACACAACUUGCGUCAUCUGGGUAGCUUUCGUCCCCAUCUACUUCGGUUCAGAAUCGAAGAUCAUCACCAUGUGCAUUUGCAUUUCACUCUCGGCUAUGGUCACUCUAGUCUUCCUGUUCUUUCCUAAACUCUACAUCAUACUCAUCCGACCGGAGAAGAACAUUCGUGCCCUUUUCACCACCUCCAAAACCAUCCGAUGCCACAUUGGUUCCCGAGUAGCCUCCGCCAUUUCCCACAAAACUUCCUCUUCCUACUCCAGUGGACCAGGACCUCCAGAUGAUUUUGGUGACUACAGUUUCGACGCACCGAAACCGAUUAUACGAUCCUCUUCGUGCCAAACUUCACUAGAACUUCUCAACAAACUUCUAGAACUACACUUCUUCGAACCGGAGAAACUAUCACCCAAAACCACACAACCCCGCCAGCGAACCACCCUUUGCUCCACUCUGAAACAGGUUCGCUACAGCCUCUCCCCAAUGAAGUCAUCCAUUAAGAAAGCAUCGAAUCUCGAUCAGCAUCUCCUCGUGCCAGAGGUCGACCUUCUGCGCAUGAGAAACGAUAACACCACUAGCGAUAGCAAUAAUCCUGCCCCAAUCGACCGACGCACGGUCACGUUUGAUUACUCCCGCAAAGCCUCCAUCAGCGACCCGAGCGAUCUGUCGGAAAGCUCGUGCUACCACUGCGCCCAGAUGGACGCGGUUCGUCACAAGUACGACCUGAUUAUGACCAACGAUCAUCAUCCAGCGGACGAAUCACAUCAGCCCAACGGUUCAGUCUACACAAUUCAUUCUGGUUUGAAUGGGGGAGCGCCGGGGGGUCUGGGGAAGGCGUACGGAGCCAGCAACAAGUUCGCCAAGACGAUGAUCAGCGAGGAAAGUCUAUCGGAAUGCUCCAUCAGCACCCUGUCGGAGUCGUGCGAUUGCAAGUACAAAAGUAUUACCAUCAAGCUACCGCAGCCGAACGCAGGUCAACAACAACAACAGCAGAUUAUGUAUUUUUGAUGUUCGAACGGUGAAGUCAUACGAGUUAUUCUCCAAUUGAAGUUUUAUAAUUAGUAGAAGUGUUCAAUUAAUUGGUAGUAGACAAGUAGUGGGCACAAAGUGAUACAAUAAUAAUUGUCUUCAAUGCUUCAGAUCUUCUACCGA